UUAUACGAAUCCAAAAACAAAAUGGACACCGUAGAGGAAAUUAGUAAGGCCAGAUACAUAGCGACUGAACCCAUCAGUUUUUUUAUUUUAACAAUUCAAGGGAUGCUGAUUACCCUCCGCACACUCUACAUCCGAAAGACUCUCGCUAUUGACUAUGAGUACAACUUGCUUCCUCAAGAAGAUGGCAAUUGUUCACUUCUGAACGUGUCCAACCCUCUUGAAGUCCAGAUCAACUCUGAGACAGCACUGUGGGUCAUGUGGUUAGCAAGCAUCUCGACCUUCUUACCCAUCCUCACUGCAUCUGUUCUGGUUGCUUCUUCGGAUUUCAUCGGUCGGAAACCAAUUCUGAUAUUCUCAGCGACCGGUCACCUCAUUGCGUCUCUGAUCUAUCUCCUUGUUUCUGUGAUGAGGCUGCCCCUUGCUGUGACCUUCCUCGCGGCCAUAACGUUAGGAAUCUGUGGUGACACAUCGGCAGCAACUACUGUCUGUACUGCCUACAUUGCGGACUCUACAAGUGGUAAUACCCGCACACAGAGACUAGUUGUACAAUCACUCGCCGUGUUUGUAGGAUGGGGUUGCGGCCAGGCUGUUGGUGGUGUGCUUCUACAGUACCUCGGUAACUUCCCCGUGUGUUUCGCAGUGCCAGUAGCACUAUCAGUCAUUAAUCUAGCGUACACAGUAUGUCCAGGGGUACUCCUUGAGACGAUAUCCCCUCGAGAGCAUUUCAAUGCCAAGACGGUCAUCAGCAAAAGUUUCAAGAACCUUCGAGGCAUUUUCGGCAGGAGGAUGUCGGAAGGAAGAUGGAGGGUGUGGUGUCUGAUCGCCAUUGUUUGCCUAAAAGAGCUUGUACAUGAAAGUCUUUACGAUGUCAUCGUCAUCUAUGGUCUUGGAAGCCCAUUCUGUUGGACAGCUGAUGUCGUAGGCUACUAUUCUGCUGCCGUCGCUCUCUUUCCUGCAGGAGUUGCAGCGCUCAUUGUGAGGCCGCUACUGAGGUGCUUUUCGGAAUACUGGCUCAUCCACUUUUCGCUCAUUUCUUCCAUCUCCCAAAUAGUGACGUCAGCACUGGCACAGAAUACUGUUCAGCUAGCCAUCAUUGGUAGUGUAAACUUCUAAACAUGUAAAACCCACUACUUUUGCGAUAUUACAACACGCUUUUCCACGAUCUCUCAAAGGACAUUUUUUGAAAUAGUGUGUGUUGGAACAAAUGGAAAAAUUGUCCAUCCCUACAGCACAGAGACAUUGCCGAUUAAGCCCAUUUGAAGAGCCCUUACCUAUAGUGAUUACAACUUUUAAAAUUCAUAAAUUUCUUAUUUUUGGUCAGAUAUUAUUCAAACUUUCACCAGUCUACUUCUCUGAUUUUUCUGCUUUCCUCUAGAUCAGUUUGCAAACAAGGUUAGAUUUCGCUUGAAGCUCUUAUCCACUCUCCUCUUUGGACUGGGUAUUUCCUGUCCCCA